UGGAGGGGAGACCAGAUUACAGAACUACAGAAAACACUCACUUAAAGAGGGUGGACGACAGCUCUUAAGGUGAUUUUAAUCACGUUAUUUUUUCAUAAGGCUGCUCAGCAGGGUCUCCUCCAACUCGCAGCGCGCUCAGCUCGCGGCUUUGUGAAUAGAAGAUGCCCGGGCGAUUCUUCCCACAGAUGUUCGGCUUGGCUGUGUGUUGGGCAUUUGUAAUCCAGUCUCCGAUCUCUUCCGCCAAUAUUGCCCACCGGCGACACGUGGACACUGAUAAGAGACAGAAUUUUCUGGAGAGAAUGCUGAUUUUACUGGACGUUAAUACGCGAACCCCGGUGAGGGUUUUAAAUGACAACUUCUUAUCACUGCAAGUGGACCCAUCUAUCCUGAAGAAUGGCUGGCUCGACUUUUUAAGCUCCAAGCGGUUAGUGACUUUGGCUAGAGGACUUUCUCCAGCUUAUCUGAGGUUUGGGGGAAAGAGGACAGACUUUCUCCAGUUUCAUAACCUGAAGAAUUUAGCCAAGUUUAGAGGACCAGGACCAGACUAUUACCUCAAAAAUUAUGAGGAUGACAUAGUGCGAAGUGACAUUGCCCUGGAUAAACAAAAGGGCUGUAAGCUGGCCAGUCACCCUGAUAUGAUGCUGGAGCUGCAACGGGAGAAAGCAGCUCAGAUACAGCAAGUCCUCCUGAAGGAGCAGCUCUCCAACCACUACAGUGAUGUCACGAUAACAGCCAGGUCUUUAGACAAACUGUACAAUUUUGCUGACUGCGCCGGCCUGCACCUGAUCUUUGGGCUUAAUGCCCUCCAUCGGAAUCCUGACAACUCAUGGAAUGCCUCUAGUGCAUUAAGUUUGUUAAAGUACAGCGCUGGCAAGAAGUAUAACAUAUCCUGGGAGCUGGGCAAUGAGCCCAACAGUUACCGCACGAUGGUAGCUCGUUCAGUCAACAGCAGUCGACUGGCUCAGGACUACAUUAUGCUGAAGACAUUGCUGCAGUCUGUCCGCUACUACAGCCGGGCCAAUCUCUACGGGCCCAACAUUGGCCGUCCACGCAAAAAUGCAAUCCUGCUAUUGGACGGGUUCAUGAAGAACGGUGGUUCUGUUGUUGAUGCAGUUACGUGGCAACAUUUUUACAUUGAUCGGCGUGUGACUAAAGUGGAGGACUUUUUGAAGACACGCCUUCUGGACACACUGACGGACCAGAUCAACAAGGUGUUGAAGAUUGUGAAGAUGCAUGCUCCUGAAAAGAGGGUGUGGUUGGGAGGAGUUGGUCCUGCGUGGGCUGGAGGCAUUAACAAUUUGUCAGACACAUUUGCAGCUGGACUAUUGUGGCUAAACACUCUCGGCAUUUCUGCAAUGCAAGGAAUUGAUGUAGUACUUCGACACUCUUUUUUUGACUAUGGUUACAGCCAUCUAGUGGAUCAGCAAUUCAAUCCUCUACCUGAUUACUGGCUGUCUCUGCUCUUUAAGCGUUUGGUGGGUCCCAGGGUGCUGGCAGUACAGGUUGCUGGGCUCCAAAGGAAGCCUCGUCCAGGGAAAGUGAUCCGAGACAAGUUACGCAUCUAUGCACACUGCACAAGUUUUACCAAUCAUAAUUACGUCAGAGGCUCCAUAACAAUCUACAUCAUCAACUUGCAUCGAUCAAGAAAGAAAAUAAAGCUGGCUGGGACAUUACGAAAUAAAACAGUUCACCAAUAUCUGUUACAACCCUUUGGAGCUGAUGGCCUUCACUCAAAGUCUGUGCAGCUGAAUGGAGAACAUUUGGACAUGUUAGACAGUGACACUUUCCCUGAGCUGAAACCACGGACACUUCGAGCAGGUCGAACAAUACUCAUGCCCCCAGUUUCCAUUGGCUUUUACGUCAUCAAGAAUAUCAAUGCAAUUGCCUGUCGCAGAUAAUACAACAUUCAGAUGCUCUUUCAACUGAAAAUGAACUGCCCUUCAUGUAAGCAAGGGUUGCACUGAAUCCCUUUCGAAAAUAACCCUUCUCUUCACUCUACAAGAGCAACACUGUUUCUGAUUUUUUUUUUCUGCAUUUUUCUUCCUCCAGCUGUCACUUUGGUUUGUAGUGUUUCUUGUAUUUUGAGGGAUAUCAAGAAUCUACCCAGUGCUUUGGUUUUGUUUGGUGUAAAUGUCUUAUUGUUAUUGGAAUGCUGGUCAUCCUUGAGGAUAAUCUAAUAAUAACUAAUAUUACCUUAAAAUGUAAACAAAAUAAUAAAAUUUUAGAAUACACGUUAUAUCAGAUGUUGUAUGCUGUAGUAGAAACCAUGACAGUUCACUCCAUGUAAUGAAAACUCAUCUAUGGGAAAAUCUACUUUUUUGUCACUACACAAUACAAAUCCUGGUAUGGUACAAAACCUUAAGGUGUAGAUUUGUUUAAUCAUAAAACGUUUAGUCUUUUAUUCAGUCUGAUCAUUCCAGUUAUUUGCUAUCAGUUAAAGAGUAAUUAUCAUAUUUCUUUCAAAUUGUUAACUGGACAUAGAGCCUGAACAACAAAUGUGACAAAAGUAACUGUAUUCAAUGUCUGUUUAGCUCAGGAAAUGAGUAACAAUCUUUUCUCAUUUUAUUUAGUCCGCUUAUUGCUUUCCUCCCUUCAUACUGUACAUUAUUGGUUCUAUACCUGUGCAUGUUAUCCAAACAGACACACCCAUUGUACAUUACCAUAACACUGUAUGCCUUUUUCAUCUUUUUUCUUCAAUCUCAGGCUCGAUAAAAAACUCUUUUCCGAACUGUACCCAGCACUACCUUAUAGAGUAUAUUGUGUAAACAAUUGUACAGUUGAUCCCUUGUGCUGCUAGAUGUUUGGUGAAUAUUAAGCUUGAUGAGUAACAAUGUAUUUUUAACAGAUAUGAGCAGAAUUGUUCUGUGUACAUAUAUUUUUCAUAGAUGUUUCGGUGUGUGCUGUUUCUUUACAUAUAUUAUUUAUAGAAAUAUAUAUUUGUAUAUAUUUUAACCUGAUGAGGAGGAAAAUCAAAUAUUUUAGUUCAAUAAAUUGUUUAUCAUUUAUUUCACUUAUUUCGUUUUGUCAUAUGAGAUUCCUUAACAAGCAGGGACUUCUGUUUAGACAAGAGAUGCAAUUUUUGUAAUGAAUGCUAAGAUAAUUUGUAAUAAUUAUCUUUUUAUCAAAGAUAAUUUGUCAUUUCAAUCCUGGCUGCAAAGAGUUUUGUAUCUAGUUUAUAAUGAGUCACACAAGUUAAAUGGAAUGAAUCCAUGUUUGAAAGUAAUCUUUCAAAUAUAUUUGUUAGGCAUAUGAAGUGUUUUUAUUUGAUAAUAGCCUCCAGUCAUGUUUAUGUUGGUGUUGAAAUAAGCAUUGAUAAGCACUCUGUUGAUACAUAGCAAAAAACAAUAACACAGCGUGGUUCACUACUAAGGGUUUGUCUGAAGUCAGUGCUUGAAGAUAUAAAAUACAAACUUUUUUCUUUUACGAAUAAGUUUACUGAUUAAAUGGGGUUGUUAAUAUUUAAUUUUUUUGCCAAA